GUCUGCACGCCAGAAAAGCGGAAACAGACAGCCGAUCCUGAUUACCUUUGGACUCCAGCUGACAAACCUGCUCGAACACACCUGUUUCGGAGUGGCAACGUCUCUGGUUGCAAGUACGAGGUCUUCCAGAGUUGCAAGGUGUGUGACCUCGAGAAGUGUCCGAAGUACAAGUACGUCAAGACCAAAGGUCAUCACGGCAUGACUUUUCACGGCCGAAAGCAUCUCGGGCUGAAGAACGCAGGGCGGCUGGAGGACUUUAGCCCCGAGCAAGUCAAAGCCAUCAUUGCCGAGUCCAAGCAGCUUCGUGAAAAGCACGAUGCAAAAGGGAUCUCAGCAGACAAGCCUGCGCCAUCUGCGAUCCCUUUUUCAUAA